AUGUGUGUGAGGGAAAGGGAAAGUGGUGGGAUGGAAGAGCAAUCACGGACCAGUAAUUGGCCUUGUUCAUCUGGGAUAAACUCUAAGCAGAUCCUAUGUGACUGGAUGGUGGUGGAAGUGGACAACGUUGGCAAGAUUGAUGUAUCGGACUGUUUUAUUCCAGUCAACCUAUUGGCAUCUGAGACAGGAUCUGAUCUAUUCACAACGGCUAAUGCAAUAAACAGAAGAGACCCAGUGCCAAACCUUAACUCCACCACACCCCAGAUCAACGGGGAUGCGAGCCCCUCUCCACCAGAGCCAGCAGUACCCCAACCCACAGCGCGCCAAUAUCCUCCUGUCAACGCAGCUCAGCCGGACACGAUCAUCAACAACAACUCGGUCAUUAUAGCCAAUGCUGCUGCAGCGGUGCUGCCUCAUCAUCCUUAUUCUACAACUAACACAACUACCACAACCACUACCACUUCUGCCUCCAACAACACACUCAACAUCAGCAGCAAUGUCAUCCAGAGUAACCCUGCCCACCAUGCCCGUCUGGGUUCCCAGGGUCUAGGGGGUCAACCCCGCCCUGUCCAGGAGCUUCCUCCACCCCAGGAGCUGAUCCAUCAGGAUCCUGCUCUCAUAGAGAAGGAGAGGAAGAACGAGAGGGAGAGAGAAAGGGAACGACUGAUACAGAGAGAUCAUUCAUUGGACAGAGGAGAUAAUCGAGGAAGCAGCUUUAGUAAAGGUCCUGGUUGGAAUAGUAACUCCAGUCACAUUGGACAACCAAACCCAGGGUCUCGAGGUACACCGACUCAGCGGUCAUCCAACCUUCAACCGUACCCCACCCCCCAAUACCCACAGCAGCACAGUAGCCAGCCCAAGGGCCCUCCACCCUCUCAUUCUAACCCACAUAUGUUUUCUUCUCCAUUGUUGCCACCACCGCCACCUUUAACAUCGAGCACACCACUGUCGGGAGGACCUAACCCGGCUACACAGCCGCCACCCCACUACCCAGAACAACCAUCAACGCACUAUCCUCCAGAGAGUGCACCACAGCCGCAACCAGCGGCGCCCCCAGCGCAACCUCCGCAGACACCCACCCCACAACAACAGCAGCAGCAGCAACAACACCAACAAGAGCUGCUUCGGCAAGAGCUCAACAACCGUUUCCUGGCGUCUCAUAACCCCAGCAUGUCGGUUGGCCCCCCUCCAUACCUCCGCCAAGAGACUCAUAUGCACCAACACAUGCACCAGCAUCAGCAUACCCACCAGCACUCAUUCCUGCCGCCGUCUGCUGCUGCAGCACCUCCUAGUCUGGUGUCUUCUCCAGCAGCACCUCAUGUGGUGCGUGACGCAGAGAGACUCAGGCAGCAGGCUAUCAGGCUAGGAAUGGGUGUACCACCAUCUAUUAAUCCAAUGUUCCCUCCAACCAGCUUACCCAGUGGCUUUGGCUCAGGAGCCCAUGGUGCUUUCCAACCAAAGAGUUGGCCAGAGGGUGGUUUGCAGCUCCCAGGUUGGAUAAUCGUGUCAGCAAACCACUCAUGA